CAUAUCCACAAUAUACCAUUCAUCAUGUCAACAAACUCCAGCAAUUUCGACAAUAUUCCAGUAGGUGCACAAGGAACCAAUUCGGGUGUCGCACAAACAAACGCACAAGAAGGAACACAACCUGUCCCAACUACAGCUAGCGAAGUACCUUUGACGGGUUUGGAAGGUGGAAAAGAUGUUCCAUUUGGCGAGCAGGUAAAAGGACAUGCAAAGAUGUUCGCUGGAAAGGUAUUUGGAAAUGACAAGGAAGCACAACAAGGCGCAGAACGUAUUGCCGGACUUGACAACCCAAAUCAACCUUCCAACCAAAAUUGAUGGAAUAGGAAGCGUAUCGUACACUUCAUCUUGCUACUCUCUGUUUAUUCUUUCGAUUCUAUAGUGAAUAUAUCUGGAUUGCCCAUUUGUUGCACACUCUCAUAACCAAUGCCAGCAGAUGACGAAGCUGUUAAUUAGUUUUAUAUUAGUCCAUCAUUUCAUGUGAUAGUGAUUA